UCCUUUUCCUCCUCCUCCUCCUUUCCUCCUCUUCUUCCUCCUUUCCACUUCCCCUUCCCCUUCCUCUUUCCUUCCCUGCAGGAGGGCCCUGGGGCCAGGUCCCUCAGUGCUGCAGCUGCUCUAUGCUGAGCUCAGUGUGCGUUUCCUCUUACCGCGGGCGCAAAUCCGGGAAGAAGCCCCCGUCAAAGGCAUGCCUGAAGGAAGCGCUGGCCCCUGGCGAGGAGGAGGAAGCCCCACCGGAGAAGAUCACCCUCAACGUCGGAGGGACCCGCCAUGAGACCUACAAGAGCACCCUCCGGACCCUGCCGGGCACCCGCCUGGCCUGGCUGGCCGAGCCGGAGGAGGCCCCCUCGUGCCAGGGCCAGCAGGGCCAGGAGGGCCACUUCGACGCCCAGCGUCGGGAGUUCUUCUUCGACCGCCACCCGGGCAUCUUCGCCUACGUCCUCAACUACUACCGGACAGGGAAGCUCCACUGCCCAGCUGACGUCUGCGGGCCCCUCUUUGAGGAGGAGCUCACCUAUUGGGGCAUCGACGAGACCGACGUGGAGCCCUGCUGCUGGAUGACCUACCGCCAGCACCGUGACGCUGAGGAGGCCCUCGACAGCUUCGAGAACCCGGAAAGCGGGACCCGGGGGGGCAGCGAGGAGGAGGAGGAGGAGGAAGGGGCCCAGGAGGAAGAGGAAGGGGUCCCGGAGAGAACCCUCCAGCGCCUGGGCUUCGAGGAACGGGGCCCCGGAGGUGGAAGCGGAGGAGGCUGUGCCCGCCAUUGGCAGCCCAGGAUGUGGGCCCUCUUCGAAGACCCCUAUUCCUCCAGGGCAGCCAGGGUAAUUGCUUUUGCCUCACUUUUUUUCAUUCUGGUGUCCAUCACCACAUUUUGCUUGGAGACACAUGAAGCCUUUAUCAUCACUGUGAAUACAACUGAGAUGGUGGUGGAUGGCAACACAACACGGAUCAUUGUGGUGCAAAAGAUGGAGACAGAGCCUAUUCUCACUUACAUUGAGGGAGUCUGUGUCCUGUGGUUCACUCUGGAGUUUCUUGUGCGCAUUGUUUGUUGCCCAGAUAAAUUGGUCUUUGUUAAAAACCUUCUUAAUAUCAUUGACUUUGUAGCCAUCUUGCCCUUCUAUUUAGAGGUGGGUCUCAGUGGCCUGUCAUCCAAGGCCGCACGGGAUGUGCUGGGUUUCCUGAGGGUAGUCCGCUUUGUCCGGAUCCUCCGGAUCUUCAAGUUGACCCGCCAUUUUGUGGGCCUUCGGGUGCUGGGCCAUACACUCCGGGCCAGUACCAAUGAGUUUCUCCUUCUCAUCAUCUUCCUGGCUCUGGGAGUUUUGAUCUUUGCCACCAUGAUCUAUUAUGCUGAAAGGAUUGGUGCCAAGCCAUCUGACCCAAGUGGUAGUGAGCAUACCCACUUUAAGAAUAUUCCUAUUGGAUUCUGGUGGGCAGUGGUGACUAUGACAACACUUGGAUAUGGUGAUAUGUACCCCAAAACCUGGUCAGGAAUGCUGGUGGGAGCACUUUGUGCUCUGGCUGGAGUCCUCACCAUCGCCAUGCCUGUCCCAGUAAUUGUCAACAACUUUGGAAUGUAUUACUCCUUGGCCAUGGCUAAGCAGAAGCUCCCAAAGAAGAAGAAGAAGCAUAUACCUCGCCCAGCUCUACUUGACUCUCCAACAUACUUCAAGUCAGAUGACAAUUCCCCCCGCAACAGUAUUAAGAGUUAUAACAGCCCCUUGGCAUCAGCAACAGCAGCAGGGAUGGUGGAGAGAAAAAGAUCAGAUACCAAGCAGAAUGGUGAUGCCAACGUGGUGCUGUCUGAUGAAGAGCAACCUCUUUCGUCACCACAUGAAGAAGAGCAGCCCAUGAGGAGCUCCAGUACCAGGGACAAAAACAAGAAAGCAGCCACCUGCUUUCUUCUGAGCACUGGAGAUUUCGCUUACACUGCUGAUGGUGGCAUCCAGAAAGAAUUAUUUCUACAUAAAACAAGAAACUUCCAAAUGCAUCAAAAGCUGGGCUAUGCAAGGAAGAAACCAGAUAAGUUUAUAUGUAUGGAUUCAGAGGAGGGGACAGUCUGCCAAGUUGCCAUAUGUGCUGUCUGGGCAGUUUCUCCAGCCUUUAGAAGGCCGAAUGAAUCAUCACCGCUCUUCUCUUUGAAGCACUUCUGGAUUCAUCAACACACAGCUCUGGUUCUUCUUCCUUCUUCUGUUUUUUUAAACAGCAAUUCAUGUUUAGGAAUCAGUGACAAACCUCAAAAAAUACCUGUGUCUUCAGUGCCAGAUCUCUUAACUUCAGAAAGCUGAGAAAAACAAACUUCUUCCUGACUGAUCAAAUUUGAGGCAAAUUUUCAUCACAAGAAAGACAGAUGUAUAAGAAGCAUUGAUUGGAAACCUGAUUUUCUGUUUGGAGGAGUUUUUUUGUGUGUCAGUGUAGCCUGUUUGCCUUUUGGGAUUUUUUUUUACUAGGAACGAAUCUGAAAAUCCAUAUUUUUUCAGAACUUUUGAAUUCUCAGUGAUUGUCUCUAGAAGCUGGGACAGCCUCAAGCAGUUUUCCUGUUAGAAAUGUAAGAUGGGAGGAUCUGCCUAUUUGCUAUAAUCCUGCUUGCUAUGUACUGUAUUAGGUGUAUAAAAACAUGUCUGAGACAACCCAGGGUUAUUCCACACUGCCAAUGUCAUCGUGGGAUCUCAUACUGUACAACACCAGAACUGUUCCACCAACAACACUUUCCUCUCUUUUACUAUGUUGACUGACUGACUUGCUGGCAUAGUUGCUGUUCCAUUACAGUUCCUGGACUUUCUUAUAGAUGGACAUUUCUAAACUUAAAUACCUUCCUGCAAAUGCCUCAGUAAGUAAGUGCCAAGUAUUGUCUGCAGAUUAAAGACUGUGUGUGCUGCAAGCUUCUCUGGCAGAAAAUUCUCCUUUUAGAAAUGAUAUUCAUGGAAUUACUUGGGAAUCUGCUUCCUGAUCAAGCAGCUUGUAGGUAUGUUUAAUGAAACAUUAGACUGAAGAGGUAAAUUUGUUUCACUCCACUUCCCAGUGCUGCUAAUACAUCCCCAAAGGUAUUGAGUACUGUUAUCUUCUGUGCUGUACACAUGCCUCCUCCUGUGAAACUGUACUCUUAAUAAAAAGAUCUAGAAAUUGAAA